UGUGCCACCAAGUCUGGAUAUUGAUUUAACAGUCUUGACAAUCAUACAUCGUCCGAUCACCAUAGAAACAAACCAAUCAAAAACACAGCACACCACAUAAUUGCAUUUCAUUAAUAACUCUGAUAGCAGAAUCUUUAUUUUUUGUAAUUUUUCUUUUUUGUCCAUUUUUCGUUUCAACCCUCCGGCAUUGAAUCUAACCAAAAAUUUAACUAAGAUGUCACCAACACUAUCCAUUUUCAACAAGAGAAAUACUCCGCCGAUGUCAUCGAAAAGCUUAGAAAGUUUCCAAUCGUCAGCUUCCUGUUGUCCACGAGAGUAUUCCAGCCUGCAAAUGUAUAAGAAGCCAAGUCGAUUACUCGGUCAGGGCCCAUUGCAAAAAACGGUUAGUGAAGUGCGACAGCGAGUGGCAUCAGCACGUCUGAAUCGUUUACGUUCGGUACAAAAUCAAUUGAGCGACGCUCAUGGACAUAUCGGAGAACUUUUGAACGAAAAUCGUCUUUUGCGAAAUAUUCAUAAACGACAAGACUCAGCGCUCCAACGAUAUGAAGGUACCAAUGCUGAAUUACCACAACUGUUAAAUUCACAUGCGGAAGAAGUUCGCGUUUGGCAAGUGCGAUGUCGUAAUCUUCAAUCACAGAACAAAGAAUUGGGAAAUAAAUUGAAGCAGAAAGACGCUCAGCUGCUGACGCUAACCGAUCACAAUCGACACCUAUCCCAAUUGAAUUCAGACAAAAAUUUGGAGGAGCGGGACAAAUUAAGUGAACGGGUUCGUAAUUUGGAAACGAUGGUUUCUGAUAGGGAUGAAGAAUUGAAAGUGUUGCAUAGAAGACUGCAAUUGGAUGCCAAGGCUUUUAAACAACAAAUCAAUAGUGGAAUGAACAAGCAGAAAGAAUUGAUGCUGAAAUUGGAUAAGGCAAACGCAGAAAUAUUGAGGAUAGGCGAAAUUAUUCGAACUGAGUCCUUGAUAAGUCCGAGUAAAAUGUCAUUGGGAACGUACCUUCGGUCGAACAAACAGAACAGCACGAUUCCAACGAAAAUUAAUUUAAAACCGAAGAUUUCCGAAGUCAAAGAUAAAACACCGACUGACAUGGGGAUUUCCACGAAAAAAGAUACAUGUGCCAAUAGAUCGAAAACCGUCAAGUCACCAGCAGUUAGUCCAAGUUCUUCCAAAACUGUCGCACAUAACUACUCUCAGCAGUCCAGCGACGCAUUUCCACUGAUGAAAUCUUACAUGGCGGAUAAAUCGAAUCGAGCGAAGCCGUUAGGUCUAUCUAGUAAAAUUAAGAAUUCCAUGAUGGAUUUCACGGAUAUCAAGUAUCCGACAGGAAAUGCUACACAACCUCUACUUAAGAACUCAUCGUCGAUGGAUUCAUCGGGAACAGUACAUUCGCCAAUCGGUCACUACGAUGACGAUGAAUUCGAUUCGUCGUCUACGACUCAAGGAACGAAUGACUUGAACAACCACUGUGACACCGUCGAGUCAGUUGAUGACCUUACCAUCAUUGGUGAUUAUAAUUACGCGAAAUACCAAUCCUAUUCCGAUCAACGGACUGUUGAUAGUAUUAAUGAGAACUCGAGCGACGACGUCAUUGGUGACAUUGAAAAGUUGCGUAAGAAUGUGCAAGAGGAAAUCAUCGAAAGUGAAUCGUUUUUGGAUCAGUUCUGUGAGAGCUUGUCGAAAGAUGUGAAAAUUGCGACGAAAGAUGUAAAGAAAGGUGCAAAGGUUAAUACUGAAAAGGCUAGGCUCCCGGUACGGUCAGGUAUUAAGGUUAAGGAAGUACCGAAAAAGGGACGCGUCAAUAGUGGCUCGACCAAAAAGAAACUCGAUCCGACGAAGAAAACGGAACUCCUGGCUCAAUUAAAAGCCAUUGAUGGAGCCCAAUGACUAAUUUAAAUUUUUGUGAUUUUACGUUGUUGUGCGAUGAACAGAAAUAUAUUUUGUGAA